GAAAAAGUCCGCAGAUUCACAGCAGAGAUCUCUCUCUCCGCUCACGUUUCGAGUCCUCUUCUUUCUCAGUGAAGAGGACGACAAGAGAGAGAUCGAGAGAAAUUAGGGCAAAUCAAUUAAGAGGAGGAGGAGGAGAUGGAUCAGAUACUGAACAAGGUCGGAUCCUACUGGUUCAGUAGGACGGCCAACAAGGAGAUCUCCUCCGUCGGCGACGAUCUCAACUCACUUUCUAGCACUAUUGAAGGCAGUGCAAAAUGGCUGGUCAAUAAAGUCAAAGGGAAAAUGCAGAAACCAUUGCCUGAACUAUUACAGGAAUACGAUCUGCCAGUAGGACUCUUCCCUCGAGAUGCUACCAAUUAUGAAUUCAACGAAGAGACAAAGAAAUUCACUGUGUUCAUACCGUCUGUAUGUGAAGUUGGUUACAAGGAUUCUUCUGUCCUAAGGUUCUCCACUACUGUCACUGGAUAUCUGGAGAAGGGAAAGCUUGUUGAUAUUGAGGGAUUAAAGACCAAAGUUCUGGUUUGGGCAAAAGUGACUUCGGUUUCAACUGAAAGAUCAAAAGUUCACUUCACUACCGGUGUGAAGAAAACCAGGAGCAGAGAUGCUUACGAGGUCCUUAGAAAUGGUAUUGUGGUGGAAAAGUUUUAGGUGCUUGUGCAUUUUCUAUAUGUCAGUGUUGCAGUAUAUUUGUAAGUAUCUAGUUUAUCAUCCUUGAAAAGGAAAUAUAACUUCGUGGCCAGAUGACUCAUUGAAUCAAUUGGACUGAAUAUUUGAUUCAAAUGUGUGCUUUAUGAAGCUUUGUGAAUGUUGUAGUUUAAUUAUAUUGACAUAUUCUUGUAGUAUUUUAUUGUGUUA